GCAGAAAUUGAGGAAGAAGCAGAGGAUGAUCCGGAGUUACUUGAAGGCGUUGAAGAACUGGAUGCCAGCCCUGAGGAAAGCAUGGAACCGAUAGAUAGAUAGACCUAGAAGAACUGGAAUGCUGCCUGCUGAAAUCCUUUAACCCGGUGUCUAAGAGAAUUAAGUAUUAGGUCAUAAAUACUGAAUUGUACUGAAAUUUGCCUCUUGUAUUAAUCUAUCAAAUAAUGUUCACCUACAUAAAAUAAAAAAUAUAAACUAA